UUCGGCGACUGGACAACCUGUGCACAGUUUUGUCUAUGAAAAUUUGCAUGACGAGUAAGAGGUUUACAUCUGAUUAGUGAGUUAACAGCUCGCCGUGACUCAUCCACGGUUUGAUAAACGUGCAGAUGACGAAUGAUGUACUACAUCAUUGCCUUGUUUGUAAUUGGUUACAUUUUGGUCACGUGGUUUGUACGGAGUCGCCGAAUAAAAGAUUACAGCGACAAAUUCGUGUUCAUCACAGGGUGUGACACGGGUUUCGGCAACGGCUUGGCUCGGCGGUUGGACCGACUGGGCUUCCAUACAUUUGCAGCUUGCCUUACGGAGAAAGGCGCAGACGAUCUGACAAAAAGCUACAUCUGCCAGGCUCGUGGCCGUCUGCUGUGACGUCACUGAUGACGACAGCAUCAAGCAGACAAUUAAUACUGUCAAGGAACAUUUACCGAAUGGUAAAGGUAUAUGGGCGAUAGUGAACAACGCGGGGGUGACCGGGGCGGUGGCGCCAACAGAAUGGCUCAGUCGGGAGGACUGGAACAUACCGAUGUCGGUCAAUGUUUUGGGGAUGGCAAGCAUCACCAACCACUUCCUCCCUCUCUUGCGCAUGUCCGGGGGUCGUAUCAUCAACACAUCUAGUGUCUUAGGGAGGGUUGCUGCAGGCCCCAGCGCAUACGUCGUCAGCAAGUACUGCGUUGAAGGAUACUCCGAUUUGCUAAGACGAGAAUUGUGGCAUCAGGGAGUGUCUGUCCACAUCCUAGAACCAGGAGCCUUUAAAACAAACAUAACAAACCCUGGCGUGCUCGCACCAUCCAUGGAGAAAGCGUACCGGAAGUUGGACCCGGAAGUGCAGCAGUAUUAUGGGAAGAAGUACUGUUGUGGAUUGGAGACGUUGAUGGGGCUUCUCAGUUGGGAAGCUGACGGGAACCUGGAUAAGGUGGUCGACGCCUACACUCACGCCAUCACCGCCGUCUACCCCAAAACCAGAUACGUGGUCGGCGUUGACGCUAAUAUAAUCUUCAGGCUCUUGUGGCAUGUACCCGACAUCAUCACUGACUUACUGAUGGGCCUGACUUACCCAAGGCCUCACGGCCAACGCUGACAAGCAUGGUGGAUAGUCUCACGCUUCGUGUCACGUCAGUAGCAGAUAGGACUUCGCCUUUGGAUGAAUAUCAAAAUUAGAACAAUGCUUUUGGGUCCAUGUUCAUUUCAGAGUUCAGUUUGUUUUAUCUGCUGUUUAUCACUGCACUUGAUGACGGUCUGUAAAUAAUCGAGGGCGGCAGUCGAGUGAUUGACAUCAUGAGCAUCGAUCUAAGCAGUUUUUGAAACGAUGAUAUCCAUCAACCAAGCUUCGAGUUUUUGAGUUGGCUUUUACGUUGUUGUUAUUGUUGUUGUUUUUGAUGAUGAUGUUCUUCUUCUUCUUCUUCUUCUCCUUCUUCUUCUUCGCCGCACUCAGCAAUAUUC